GUGCCUUCACCAGCUGCGUCUUGAUGGGGUAAUGUGAUGUUUAAGUUUACGUUUAUUCCAAGCUUAUUCUCUCUUGCGCUCUCGAGUUGACUAAUGUAAUAUUAUUGACUGUGCAGCUGCUUGUUGCGACCGAAUGGCUAAGUUUAACGUGAUAUCGAGGUACCUGGAGCGUUGAUCGCAGUAUUUAAAUGAGACGUGAGAGAGACGCCAUUUUGUCGUUACCUUCUGCACGAACUUUCUGCAUUUGUUUCAUAUGUUACUCGGCCACUGUCCCUCUUAACCAGUUGCAAUCUGAGCUGACAUAAAUGACACUGAGGAAAAUGUUUUUGUGACUUCGUUUAAAGCAAUGUGAUGAGACAUGGAACAUUGAAACUUGUUUACAAUUUCAUCUAAUUACCUUGACAUUUUAGCGAUGAUGGCUGAGAAGAGGAGGAGAAAGACACCGGAUCAAGAUGCCGUGGAACAUAUUACCAAAGGAGAAGAUAAAGAUAUCCUCAUGGCAAGAUAUAUUAGUGACUUCAAAGGCUUGGACACCGGAAGCAAUAGUUGAAAAUGAGAUGAUGGACAUUGUCUCCAGUCGUGAACUAUCGAAGGACGACACUUGCCACCAUAAAUUCAUGUGUGUACUGCUCAACGAUUUGGACCAGUGUGAAGGUUGCAGUCAUCCAUCCUCCGAUUGGAUAGGCUUCACUUGCAAAUUGUGUUCACGAUCGUGGCACAAAUCCUGCUUUCUCAAGAAGAAUUCCAAACUGGAUAUUCGACCAGAUGAUCACUUGUCUGCCUCAGAAAAUAGUGAUGCCUCAUCUGUUCAUAUUCCUGAAAGCUGUGAUGAGUCCAGCUCAUAUCAAGGCGAUGAUGAUCAUGACGAUGAUCAUAAUCGUUCCCCCAAGCAAGCUCCACCAUACUGUCAGGAUGCCAACACUCCAAGCAAGGCAACAGUCGAGUCCUCGUCUACUGAAACCUCAACCAUUCAAGAAGGUUCUUUGUAUGCUCUGAAGAAUUAUUGCUUUGUUUGCAAGCGACCUCAGUCCAAAAUUGCACGUCAUCUGAAAAAACAUAAGAAGGAAGAACCCGAAAUUGCUGAAGCUUUCUCAUUCCCAAAGAACUCCAAAGAGCGGAGGAAGUUGCUGAAUAAAUUAAGGAACAGGGGGAAUUUUGAACAUAAUCAAGAAGUUCAACAAAAUGUUGAUGGACAUUUCAAAGUGAAGAGAAGACCCAAAGGAUCGCAAUUCUCAGUGGAUAUCAAAAGGUUUGUGCACUGUGUACAUUGUAAAGGUACAUUUGUACGCAGUGUACUGUGGCGCCACACAAGAAGAUGCCCAUCAAGGAGAUCAGAAACAGAAGGGUGUGGAGUGGCCAAAGUCCUGCCUUUGGCCGACAUUGCUGAAUCAUCAUCAUCAUCAUCAUCAUCAUCCCAAGCCGUUUCCUCUGGAGUGUGGGAGCUUUUAGGACAGAUGAGAAAAGACAACAUUGCAUCUGUGGUCCGAAAUGAUUUUCUUUUGCUCCAACUCGCCCAGUCUCUCUUCAAUAAGCAUGGGAGUGAUCCCACCAAGGCUGAGUACAUCCGAACAAAGGUUCGGGAAAUGGGCAGACUUCUGAUAACUUUAAAAGAGAAGUAUUCCAUAUUUGCUUUUGAUGACGCUGUAAAGCCGGGCAAUUUUGACAAAGUCAUUGGUGCUGUCAAAUCUGUUGCUGGAUAUGAUGAAGAGAAACAUUCGUACUCUAUCCCAAGUCUCGCACUGAAGUUGGGACACUCGCUCAACAAGAUGGCCGACAUUAUUCUCUGCAGGGCCAUCUCAGCGGAGGAUGAGGUUUUGAUUAAAGCCACUGAACGUUUCAAACAACUGUGCACAGAAGAGUGGUCAGGACAAGUCUCCCAUGCUGGCCUGACUACUUUGAGCUACGCAAAAUUCAAUAAACCCUCCCUUGGUGAGAUUGAGGGUCCAGAUGUUCUAGAAUUGGAUGAGUGUGACCGGGAUGAGGACAACGUUUGUGAAGGAAGUGAUGAAGACAAAGUUGCUGUGGAUGAUGGAGAAACUACGGUCUCAGAAAAGGCCCCUGGACCAAGGGACGAGGAGCCUAGUGACCGCAAGCUGGUGUCUUCCACUGCUGCCUCCACCAAGCAGGAAGAUCUCAGCCUGGUUAAAUCAGAGGAAGAAUUGUUGCCGGUUACAGUGACUGGAAAAGAAGACUGUCUUGAUGGUAUAAAAGUCGGCAGCCCAUGGUCAUGUUUACCCUCCACAGACUGUCCAGAGGAGGCUUCGCAAAUACGCAAGCGCUGCAGAGAUGCCAAUGAUGAGGGCAUGGACUCAGAGAGUCCAGGGGAAGAUUCACUCUCCAGCCUCCAUAGCUCGGUACCCUGCAAUGUAAACCCCAGCGAGGACGAGAUGCACAGCAUCUCUGAGUUGGUCAGUAUUCCCCUGAAUGUGGUGAGAAGCUGGUUUGAGCAGAAGGGAAGCCAAGAAAACACGGAGCAGGCUGACAGAAUAUCAGAGGAGCAGGGCGGAGCUUCAGAACCUGGAAGUUCUUCUCUGCCAACCUCCUCGCAUGUUGACACACAAAUGACCGAAAAAAUGGAAUCUGAAGACCUUCAACAGCUUUUUCAGCUGAGUGAUGGGCAAGGCAGCAGCUCUGUUUCAGUGACAGUGGCUCCAUCGUUGACUACGAACCAUCUUGGCAACAGCAGUAAUGCCAACAAGCCGAGCACAACGGUCGCUCAAAAGAGCAAAAAAGCUCAAAACACAGAACGUCAAAAGCGCAAGCGUUCGCAGUGCAACUUUCUUUCUGAGAUGCUUGCUUUAGAGAAGAGGCACCACAAGGAAUAUAUGGAGCAGCAGCGGCACUAUUUUCAGUUGACCAUGGAAGAGGCCAGGCUGUCAAGAGAGGCGGAGAUGGCGCUGCGAAGAGAGGAAGCUGCAGCUAAUGCAGCAUUUCACCAGGCCUUUCUCAACGUUCUGGGCAAAAUUGCAGAGGGCUUCAAACCCCAGAGUACACCCUCCUCCCAGUAGACUAGAUCACACUCAUCACUGUUAAAAAAAAAAAAAAACUUAAACUUAAAAUCCGAACGACAUAUGUAGGCAUGUUUCUGUACAAAGUUUUGGAGUAUAUAUAGAGUGACCUCCCCUUGGUCGAGGAGAUGAGGGAGGCUGUAAUUGCAUAUUAGGAGCAUAACAGUGUGAAUUUGACUGAGUCAGGUUCUGGAAAGGAAUGUUCAUCCUACGGUGAAGCUUGUGUAGUGAGACACUGAGUGUUGCUACUUCUGCGCCUGGUGACUAUGAAACUGAUCGUCAGCUGAAGUGUUAUUUUUUUUACAAGUUCAAAUAAAGUGUAAUGGUGGAAAACUU